AUGGCGAAGAGAGCUCCAAAAAAACGGCUGGUCAGGAGAAGAAGAAAACCAGUCGGAAAGAGAUCGACAUACGCCAGGAGGAGGAAGAGAAGGCAGCUAAAAGAUGAGCGAGCAGGGACGGCAAGGAAAAGACGGAGGACGGCGGAAAUGGAGAGUGAAUCCACAGGAGGAAGACGAAGAGAUAAGGAAGAGCGCGGAUCGAAGAGGAGGCGUCGAUGCGAAGAGAUCUCUCAAGAGGAGACCAUGACAGAAGAGUCCUACAGAAGCAGCAGUAUCAAGCAAGGCAACAGGAGCAACGACGAGACAGGCAAGAGCAGCAUCUCAAGCAAGGAAAAACAGGAGACUGCAAGUGGCACUGAGAGCGAAAGCCCUCGCAGCAGCAGCAGCAGGCGAAAACGGGGAGGGGGCAGCAGCAUCAGCAGCAAGGCUGCAAGUCCCGCAUCGAAAACCAGCAUUGAAACGGAUGCGAGCGAGUCACUGAACCAAGUCACCUUGGAGGCGAAACCAGCCGAGCGAAAACGGGGAAAGGAAGCUCGGAACGACGAGGACGACGAGGACGACGAAGCAGAAGCAGCAGAAGAAGACAGCCACACCUCCGACGACGACGACGACGAAAGCAGCAGCAGCUCCUGCUCUUGA